AUGGGCAAGAUCAUCAAGAACCACUGGGCUCGUCUCAUCAUCCUCACGGCCGCAGCCUACCAAGUCAUCGCCGCCAUCUCGUGCUUCUUCUUCCCCAAAAUCUUCUGGGAUUUCCUCACAAAGACCCUCGACGGCGGCGUCAAGCCCAUACCCGUCCUGCAGAUACUCAACUUACUCGCCGGCAUCUUCAUGAUCGUGCUCGAGUGGCCCGCCAACUUCAUCGCGGGGACCUCCGUCCACCGCUCCCUCGAGGUCCGCCUGGCCACGCUGCCCCUGACGGCCCUGCUCGCCGUCCUCAUCUACCAGGGCACCAACGCCGCCUUGUACUAUCUCAUCGGCAUGAUGGUCUACUUUGUCGCCUACAGUGAGGGAGAGAUAAUUUGUGAAAAGCCGUGGUCCCUGCCCAAGCGUGGCGGAUCAUCCAAGGUGUGA